CCUGAUUUGGGGUGCGUGACGUUUCUUGACAGCGGUGCGAGCGCGUGUGUGAUUUUGUGUAUGUGUUAGAGAAGCAUUGUCCAUAUGCCCGUGUAUGCUACAGUGAAACUCAUCGCAGCACUGCUUUGCUCUGCUACGUCGGCAUUUUAUGUUUUCGACAGUGUGAAACAUUAGCUGCAGCGGAACUCGAUGAAACAGAUCUUACCUUGUUAUUUGCUUAAGUAUUUUCACAAUUAUCGCAGGCGUUGCAAUUGUAGAAGUUUACACGAGUUUUCUAAUUAUAUGUGAAUAGUAUUCAUUUUAAAAGACCACAUAAAUAUUAUAUGAUUUAAUUGGUGUUAUAGAUCAUUUCCAUGUGUAUUAAUACGCGUACAUUUUAGCGUGGCAUCUACUGGUUGUACCAUAUUAUGGAAGAAACAUGUUCCAAUGCUAUUGAUUCAAAUCCGUUAGGCGUUGCUACAACCACCGUUGUUGCUGCCGCCUCUAUAGAAAACAAGCCUCGAAAGUCGAAUUUGUUAUCGCGGAAUCAGCAGCCUUCAACUUCUAGGAGCAUACAUACACGCUCAAUGUCGCUGUUGCAAGAGGAAUUCGUAGAUUCGCAACAUGAUUUUGCCGAAGUAUUGGAUAAUGAAACAACCACUUCCGGUGUGUUGGAAACAUUUGAUAUAAGUUCAUCGAACUCAUUGCCACCAAAUAGUGCGGAUGAUCGGAGAGAUGUUGUAGUUGAUGAUGCUUCUUCUACAGAUACCAUUAAAUUGGUAGAUAUAUCCGAGGGUACGGCAUCGUCUAAGAAAUUUUUCGAUGUGUCUAAAGUUUAUGUAAUCAAUGAUGAUGAUGAUGAUGAUGAUGAUGAUGAUGAUGACGAUGUGACAGAAGUGCAGGAAGUGCCGUUGGAAAAUGCGUCGGUAGCAUCGGUGAAUGAAAACGAUGUUCACCAAAACUGUUUAGAAGAUAAUUCUAAUCAACAAAAGCAUAAACGAUUUUCAACUAAUAGCACGAAUAGUCAAUUAAGUAAAGAAACGGGUAGUGUUAUCGUAACCAACGGAGGUGCCACUAUUUACCUCGAAACACCGGUGGUGGAGGAGCAAAGUCAACAUCAUGUACAACUUGGGAAUGCACGAGAAAUAGGCGAACCUAAUGAUAAAGCAGGCAAACCAAAGCGGAUAAGUGAUGAAUUUAUGCUCACAGAUGAGGCAGAACCAUUCGGCAGGGUUGACGAGAAUAAUACCCGAAAUGCAAAUCUCGAGGAUAAAUCAAGUGUGUUGGGCUCAUACAUGGGUGUUGAUGGCAAUGACCGCAUGUCAUUUCGACUGAAAAAAAUGAAUAUCAGUAAUACAGUAACAAAACUUGAUAGACUGCAAGAUAAUCAUCCGUGUAGUUCAAGUGGCAAUGAAAAUAAGCUUAACGCAUUAACGAAAUCCAGUGUUGUUGAUAUCGAAGCUAUGGAUUUGGUAGAGCGUUCCGAUUUUGAGGAAGAGCAAAGGCUGACGGGUGGUAUUAUUUUAAAGAAUAGCACAGUGGCGAAGAAAAACAUGCUUAACUUAAGGCUGGUGAAGUCAACAUGUUUACAGAAUCAGCAAAAUAACUCAGGAGGCCAACAGGAAUCGCUGGAGUUGGGCGAUGAUUGUCCCAGCAGCAGCAGCAAUAUUAAUAAAAGCAGUCAUAGUAACGGAAGUGGAGGUGGAAGUGGACGCGCCGUUUCAUCUGACAGCAAGUGUGCUUAUAAGGAUCUAGUUUCAACACCAACAAGUAGUCGCAUCCACAACAGUCGUUUAACCAAAUCUACUGCCAAACUCAAUUUGUGCUCUUCUCUAAGUCAUCCCCAACAUAGGCAAGCACAACUACUUCAGGAGCGGACCAAAGGUGCCAACAAUUCCAAGACACAACAUAAAUCACAACAAAUUGGCAAAACAAAUAGUCUGACUUCAUUAUCAUCAUCUUCUCAUACAUUUACAAAUUCAAUUGCCUCUUCAUCUACUUCUGCUUCAACGUCGUCUGCAUCUUCAUCUACGUCAUCAUCGUCAUCAUCAGUAAUUGUAGAGGUGCCUACUGCCGCAUCAACCUCAUCAUUGUCAAUACCUAGCACCACAGCUUGUACAGCUGGUGGUGGUAGUGGAGCGGAGAUAUACUCAAACUCUAAUUCAAAUGACAGUCUUAUGAGCAGUAUUGCAACAACUGUCCAUUGUCGACAAAGGCAACAGCAGCAUACAAUUGGUUCGGUUGACAGAACUGAGGUGGGCGGUUGUAGUCGCACCAGUUCUAUACACGCAGCUGUAGCUGAGGCGGCAGAUAACGCAGCGGGUGCUGGUGUAGGUGCGUCGGCAGGCUCAGCAGUUUUGGCUGACUUCGAUGACGCUCAACCUUCAACAUCGUCUGCGCGUUGUCAUUAUGCUCCGUCCACAAAGAGUUUGCGUCAAGUAAAUGCCAGCGCGCAAACCAAUGAGCGCUAUCUUGGCUCUGGGAGUUCAGGAGCCAAUGCAACUCUCAAUCCACCAACUACCAGAUCACGCCGCCGCGCUGAAUUGGCAGCCCAACUGACACGCACCACACCAUCUGACGAAGCCCUUAGUGCGGCUUUCAAAGCGAUUGCUGCGGCUGUGGCGGCUAACCUCAAUGAUGAAGUUUCAUGGGCAGAUUGUGACGAAACUACUUCAGAUGAAGAAAUUUGCACAUGCAUACACAGUAGUAGCUGCAGCGUUAGCAACAGCAGUCAUGGCGGUAGCAACACCAGCUUAAAUGAGACGGAUAUUGAUACGGGUGACAUGUCUUCGGGAGGUAUUGCAGCUGGUGCCAUUGGCACAGCCAAAGAUGGUGAUUUGUCAAAUUACAUACAAAUGGUUUCGAUAUCGGAGGAGGUGGCGAGCAAUAAUGGAGCCAACCUCAAUGCAGAGAUUACAACCUCUUGUGCGCAUACUAAUGCUCCGCAGCGUAAGCGGAAAUAUGACAGUCGUUUGUUGGACACCAACGCCAGUGCCGUUAUAUCCAAUAAUGCUAACUCUGCUAGCAUUGAUGAUGCUAAUGGCAGAAAGCGCAUCGCUUAUGAUUUAACGUCAACUCCACGCCUCUCCAGUGCUUUAGUAAACAUGCCCUCCACGAGCUCAACACAGCUGGUACCACUCUCAUCCAGUACAUGUGUCGGCCGCCGCACACCGCGUUCAAUAAUACCAACUCGCGAGAAUCCACCGCCUGAACUCCAACAAUGGCUGUCACAAUUCCAACGUUGGACCCAUGUUGAGCGUCUUUUGGCAAUCGAUCGUUUAAUUGAGUAUUGUGAGCCUACGCAAGUUCGUCACAUGAUGAAGGUUAUCGAACCACAAUUCCAACGCGACUUUAUUUCGUUGCUGCCGCGUGAGCUAGCUUUGCAAGUACUUGCAUAUUUAGAUCCGAAAGACUUGUUACGUGCCGCACAGACUUGCCGCAGUUGGCGUUUCUUGUGUGACGACAAUUUACUGUGGAAGGAGAAAUGCCGUAAAGCACAAAUCCUCACAGAGCCACGCAAGGAUCGACCGAAACGCGGACGCGCAGGCAAUAUGCCGCCAAUAGCGUCUCCAUGGAAGGCUGCUUAUAUGAGACAGCACAUCAUUGAAAUGAAUUGGCGAUCGCGCCCCAUACGCGAGCCGAAGGUAUUAAAAGGACACGACGAUCAUGUUAUUACUUGCCUGCAAUUUUCAGGUAAUCGUAUAGUGUCCGGUUCAGAUGACAAUACAUUGAAAGUGUGGUCGGCGGUGACUGGCAAAUGUUUGCGUACCCUCGUUGGCCACACUGGUGGCGUUUGGUCUUCGCAGAUGUCUGGUAAUAUCAUAAUCUCAGGAAGUACCGAUCGUACACUGAAAGUCUGGGACAUGGAUACUGGUCAAUGUUUGCACACCUUGUUGGGACACACCUCCACUGUACGCUGUAUGCAUUUGCACGGCAAAAAGGUUGUAAGCGGCUCGCGCGAUGCCACCUUGCGUGUAUGGGAUAUUGAACAAGGCACUUGUCUGCAUGUUUUGGUUGGCCAUUUGGCAGCGGUACGAUGUGUGCAAUAUGACGGCAAACUGAUUGUGUCCGGAGCAUACGAUUAUAUGGUGAAGAUUUGGCAUCCCGAGCGUCAGGAAUGUCUGCAUACACUCUCCGGACAUUCGAAUCGUGUUUAUUCCCUACAGUUCGAUGGCGUACAUGUGGUUUCUGGCUCGCUAGAUACUUCAAUACGCGUUUGGGAUGUCGAGUCGGGCAAUUUAAAACAUAUAUUAAUGGGUCAUCAAAGUCUGACUUCCGGCAUGGAGCUGCGCCAGAAUAUUUUAGUAUCAGGUAAUGCCGAUUCUACCGUAAAAGUAUGGGAUAUCACAACAGGGCAAUGUUUGCAAACAUUAUCGGGUCCUAAUAAGCACCAGUCGGCAGUAACUUGCCUGCAAUUCAAUUCACGAUUUGUGGUUACGAGUUCGGAUGAUGGUACUGUGAAAUUGUGGGACGUUAAAACGGGUGAAUUUAUACGUAAUUUAGUCGCUUUGGAUUCGGGGGGCUCCGGUGGUGUUGUGUGGCGCAUAAGGGCGAACGAUACAAAGCUUAUAUGUGCUGUUGGCUCGCGUAACGGUACAGAGGAAACCAAACUUAUGGUUCUGGACUUUGAUGUAGAAGGAGCUUGUGUAAAAUGUUCAUAGGAAAUGUGACAUCAGGUUGCAGACAAAGUUAAUAUUUAAUAUAAACAAAAAAAUAUAAUACAACUAAUACGCAAAACAGCAUAAUCAUAGCAUGUGGAAACAAACCAAUAAACAAACAAACAAACAAACAAAAAAUGCAAGUUACACAAAACAUUGCCAACAACAUACGUAGUUAGUAUAUAUACAUAUAUAUACACGUAUUAUGUAUACGAAGGCGUUCAAAUUGUCUAACACUAUGAACUUUUGUAAUGUCAUGUAUGUAUGUACACGAGCGUAACACAUAAAAUUAUACCGCCUGAAUUUAUUGCGAAAAUUAUGGUUAAUCCUUACGUAAUGUUUUAGAAAAGCCUACCACCCAAGAUACAUACGUGUAUGUAUAAUACAAAAGCUAAUAGAAAUUGUAAAAUUUUCUAAGAGAUUAUUUGGCACAUUAUAUGUAUGUAGAUUGUUUUCGCAUAGUGGAAGAGACAUUAUCUAAUUGGAGGGUGUGUAUACGGUAAAAGCGCUAAAAAAAAAUAUAAAUGUAUUCGUAUUUGGUUUGAAAUUUUAACAAUUUAGUAAUACAUUAUUUUAGGUGGGCACUUACGAAAUUACAUUACUACAUAAAUAUUCAUUUAAGAAAAGCUAAGAAAAAAAAUCGUAAGAAUGCAAUAUUGUGAAAUUUAUUAAUAAUAUAAUAAUCUUCCAAUUAGGUAAGAGCAUUUAAUGUCAGCGCAUUGCUGAAACCCCUAUUUGUUUAUGUUAGCGUUUGGUCAAUAUUUUGCGUAGCAAGCGAAAAUCAUGGCAAUCAUACACAUGUACCGCUAUAAAUGCGUGUAAAGAACCACAAAACAACAACAACAAAAAAGCAGAAGUUAUGGAAGUUAGAAAAUUAAAUUUUUAUAAUUAGUGUUACCUUUCCACGCAUACACACAAAAAUUCUUAAACACAUAUAAAGGUUUAUAUGCCUCUGGCGUGUUAGCAGUACAACUAAUUUGUAUUUUUAACGUUAAUUAUAUUUCAAUUAAUUUUAGUUAUUAUUAAUUUCUUUUUAAAACAUUUUAAGCAAAUUUAUUUGAUAUAACGGUUAUGUAUUGUAGUCCACAUGCGCAAGUGGCAAGUAGUUCUUAAUAAUUUAGAUCAUAUUGUUGAGAGCUUUAUAAACUUAACAUGUACGACUAUAGAUAGAUACUAUAAAGCGAUUUGGUUUGCAAUUAUGUCGGCUAAAAUUGUUGUAAAAUCUACAUUUUCAAAUUGCUAUAGUAUUUAGCUUUUUUACUUUUAAUUUUUUUUUUUUUACAAUUUUUCUCUUUACUAUUCUACUGUUAAACCUUGUUUUGUGUUGUUAGCAAAGGUUCAAAUUACAAAAGAUGUGCGCUUAACGAAAUGUCUUUCGAAGCACAUUUCACACAUAGCUACAUCCAUAUAAACAUAUAUGUGAAAUAAUUGAGUUCGUUUUAAGGCUUUCAAAUUAAAAAUGUUCUUCCACAGAUACCACCAAACUGCACGAAUGAUUCGUGAUUUUAUUUGGUGGUGCGUAAUUUGUUAAAGAAAAAAAUUUUAGGAAAUUUUUGUUUAUUUUUUCUUGCUAAUUUUUUAAACAGCUCCAGUUUUAAGAGUCAUCACGUUAAUAGUUUCGUUUAAAUUGUGUUAACAAACCAAGCAACCACAUACAGUUGUUAGGGAAAAUAUAUAUAUAUAUAAUAUUAUAUUAAAUAUAUUUUUCUAAAUAUUUUACUUUGUAUGUUUGCGAUUUGUUAGUUUCGUUCAAAGCAUUUUAUUUAUUAACAAAUCGUUGUUAUAGAAGAGUAGUUCAGUAAAGAAUCAAUUCUAUAUAAAUUGCAAGUGUUAAUUUUCGUUACGUAAAUAUGUAAAACUUAACUGUAUCAGAGCAAUUUCUGUUAUUUUAUACAUACUAAUAAUCCAUAAAUACAAACAUACAUACACACACAUCAUAUAUUUGCCAAGAAUAUUGCCAUGCAGAUAUUUCUUUGCAUAAAAGAGCAUCCAAAUGCGUAUUUUUAUAGACGAAUUAAGAGCUAAAUUAAAAUUGAUUGAAUAAAUGCAAACCGAUCGCAGCUAUUUUAAUUAAAGUUACAGCCGUACACAGCAGCAUAAGUUUGAUAUAAAAUUGUCAGCAAGAUAUUUUAUGUAGUGUCAUGUAUUUUUUUUUUAAUUUUUUUUUUUUUUUUUUUUAAUAGAAACGCACACAUGCGAAGGCAAGCGCCUCAACUUAAAUUAAUUAAGCGUUUUAAAUUGUAUGUAACGCAACAAAACAACAAAAAAAACAUAAAAAUCAUUGUAAAAUUUAUAACUUUUCUACGCUUUUCGUCAGCGUUGAAAUUAUAAUUCAUUCGUUCGUUUGUGGAAAGCCCGGCCCCACAUGUGUGCGUGCGCGUGUGCGUGUGCGUAAUUCAUUUAAUAUACAUAUUAAGUGAUGCAUAAACAGCAGCAACAACAACAACAACAACAACAAGAACAAGAAGCAAACAAAUUGAAUAUUAAAUUUUAAUUAUAGACUGAUUUAUUAGUAACUAACUAAUCUAUAUUUUAAUAAUAUUACUGUAUCAGUUUUAAGUAUAAUGAAGCAUAAUAAAAACAUAACAACAACAACAGCAGCACACAAA